AUAACACACUUCACUUCCCAUUGUCUGUUUGAGAAAAUAUAUAUAUAAAUAUAUAUAUUUGACAGGUAGAGGAUUAUAAUUCUAUACCAAAUUGCGCAGAAUUUCAGGUGUUAAGAAUGAAAAAAAAAAAAAAAAAAGAGAGAGAGAGAGAGCUGGGUAGAAAGACGCAGAGAAAAUUUAGCACUGAUGGUAUUCGUAUUUGGGCAUGGGACAACGAAGCCCAUGUAAAUAUUCAGCCCAUUUAUUAGUCCCACCUCAAACAAGUUAGGGCCUAGACAUCUAUAAGAUGGACCAAGUAGGUCUGCAGACUGCAGCCCAAACAAAAAGCAAAGUUCACACUCCUCCAUUUCACACGAGCAUUUUUGACCAAAGAUCAAUCUGAAAGGAUGCUUCAGUAAUUUCACAUUCCCACCUGCAACUACAAAUUUCAUCUUUCCCGCCCAAACACCCCUAUAACACGUUUUCAGAUCUCCCUUUCACUUCCUCUACAAGUGAACGAAACUGUCCGAACUCGGAUCUUUAUAGUCUCUCUCUCUACUUCUUACUCUGUACAAUCGAAAAUGCCCUAGUUCGAAGUCUUUAGAUCUCUCCAUCUCUCUUCUUUCUCUAUCUAGAAUUGAAUCUAAUUUUCACCAAAUUUGCUACUAACCCUAAGAACUUGUAGGUCUAAACGACCAUGCCUGACUUGGGAAAUCUGCUCAACUUACCUUCUUUAACACUCUCUAAUUGCCCUAACCUUAAAUCGGUCUCUGAUCAAUGCGAUUCGAGUAGUUCCUUGUACCCGUACCCUAACUUAGUUAAAACCCUAGGUAUAGAUGAGAAUGGGUGUUGCGAUUCGAACCAGGGGCUGCGAUCUCCGGAUGUGCCCAAAGGGGAAACUUGUGAUAGAAAUGGAAUUAGGGUUUUUAGGCGACGUAGAGGGUUGUUGGAGCGGGGCAAGAAGUUUACUGGAAUGAAGAGUUUGGAUGGUUAUGUGAAGGCUUGGGUUGAGAAGAAGGUCGAGUUGGGAACUCCAUCACAGAAAUGUUUCCUUCCCUUCCUAGUCGGCGCACCAAAACUGAUCGAAUGUCGUGUAUGUCAGAGUUUAAUCUACCCUGGGGAGGAGGCCUUGUGCCGCGUUCGUGAUUGUCAAGGAGUUUAUCACUUAAAAUGCGCAAGAGAAAAGCUUGGAUUUUUUGCUUCAGGAAAAUUCAAGUGCCCUCAACAUGAAUGCUUCAUAUGCAAAAAAAUACACCACUGGCGGUGUGCGCGAUGCACAAUAGCAUCACACAAUAAAUGUGCAGCAUUUCCAGAACACGUGAUCCAUUUAAGUAAUAAAGCUGGACAUGCUGUUUGUUGGAGGCAUCCUUCUGAUUGGCGGCUGGAGAAGGAGCAUGCAGUUUCGAUGAACAACAUAGAGGAAAUUUUUGGUUGCUUGCCUCUGCCAUACAUUGAGGAGGAGUUCAAGAUUGACUCAAGUUGGAAAGACAUGAUGGAGAAUAAAGUGGAACCACCUCCAUAUGUGCACAUAAGACGCAAUGUGUACCUUGUCAAGAAAAAGCGUGAUGAUGAUGAUUUCGGCAUUGGGUGCACGAAUUGCAGUUCUAUAUGUUCUGAAGAUUGCAUGUGCAGGGUUCAAUGUAUAAGUUGUUCAAAGGCUUGUCGUUGCUCGGAAAUGUGCACAAACAGACCGUUUCGAAAAGAGAAAAAGAUCAAAAUUGUGAAGACUGAAUUUUGUGGUUGGGGAGUAGAGGCAGCUGAAUCGAUUAAGAAAGGCGAUUUUGUCAUUGAGUAUAUUGGGGAAGUUAUUAAUGAUGCUUUGUGUGAACAAAGGCUGUGGGACAUGAAAUACAAAGGUGUUGAGAACUUUUACAUGUGUGAAAUUCGAAAAGACUUCACCAUUGAUGCAACUUUUAAAGGAAAUUCUUCACGUUUUUUAAAUCAUAGCUGUGAUCCUAACUGUAAACUGGAAAAAUGGCAAGUUGAGGGGGAGACACGUGUUGGCGUCUUUGCUGCUAGAUCUAUUAAAGUUGGAGAACCAUUAACAUACGAUUAUCGAUUUGUGCAAUUCGGGCCUGAGGUUAGGUGCCAUUGCGGUGCUACAAAUUGUCAAGGUUAUCUUGGGACCAAGAGAAAGAUUGGUAAGGUGGAACUCUGCUGGGGUUCAAAACGUAAGAGAACAACCACUGCUUCAUUAGCAACAGUGAUGUAUAUUACUCCAAUAGGAAGAUACAAUAAAGAGAAAUGAAGAAAGAGAAUACAAUCUCAUUGGGCUUUUGUUGUAUUAAUUCUCAUUAUACUGAUUUACAACAUUCAUCAAAGAUGUAAUUUUCAUUAAAUAUUUUGUUGUAUAAGAAUGCGAGUGAGUUUAUACUGGGUGUUGGGUUUUGUUUUAAAGCUUUUUUAGCAUAUAUGAAGGGAUGGCGAGCUUUACUAUUUUGUAACGCUUGAUGUACUUACGGUAUAGCUUGGCCAUUGAAGCUAACUCUCUGUCCUCAAAUCUAUAAUUGGUUUUUUUUUUUUUUUUUUUUUUUGCUUCAGGUAAGUGUCAUCUUGAAGCAUUCUAGACGUUAAAACUCAUAAUGCUGCUUUCAUAUAUCUUAUUUGUUAUAUACUGUUGUUUUCUGUUAUUUCUGGGAAUUGUUAGUCUCCAAAAUUGUUUGAAACUUGAAUUUCGGGGAAAAAAAAAUGGUUGAAACAGUUUGUAUGUUACAGUGUGGUUAGUUACUAUGCAUU